AUGUUGGGGAAAGGAGGAAAGCGGAAGUUUGACGAGCAUGAAGAUGGGUUGGAAGGCAAAGUGGUGUCUCCUACUGAUGGUCCCUCUAAGGUGUCUUACACCUUACAGCGUCAGACUAUCUUCAACAUUUCCCUUAUGAAACUUUACAACCACAGGCCCUUAACUGAGCCGAGCUUGCAAAAGACAGUUUUAAUCAACAACAUGUUGAGGCGAAUCCAGGAGGAACUCAAACAAGAAGGCAACUUGAGGCCCGUGUUCGUGACCGCUUCGCAGCCCGCCGACCCUCUCGGCGACAACUUCCGCGAGGCCCAGCCGGCGUUCAGCCACCUCGCCUCCCAGCCCCUUCUCCCCGCUGACUUCGUAAGCACUACGCCCCUGGAGUCUUGCCUCACCCCAGCCUCUUUACUGGAGGACGACACUUUUUGCACUUCCCCGGCUGUCCAGCACGAUGGUCCGACAAAACCGCCACCUCCUGCUCUCCAACCAGUGAAGGACAGCUUCUCCUCAGCCUUGGACGAAAUCGAGGAGCUCUGUCCAGCACCUACCUCCGCAGAGAGUAGCGGGCGGCCACCGCCCGCAGGGGCAGUGGCGGCCGCCACAGCAGCCCCGGACUCUAAAGACCACCCCAGCGAGUCCAGCGUUCAAAAGCCUGACGGCCUCCCGGAGAGCAGAACGGCUGAAUCCAAACUCAUCGACUCGCUACCUGGCAACUUCGAGAUCACAACUUCCACGGGUUUCCUCACGGACUUGACCCUGGACGACAUCCUCUUUGCUGACAUUGAUACGUCCAUGUAUGAUUUUGACCCCUGCACGUCUGCCACGGGGGCUGCCUCAAAAAUGGCUCCUGUUUCAGCAGAUGAGCUCCUAAAAACUCUUGCUCCGUACAGCAGUCAACCAGUAACUCCCAAUCAGCCUUUCAAAAUGGACCUCACGGAACUGGAUCACAUCAUGGAGGUGCUUGUUGGGUCUUAAAAUACAGAAAUAGAGCAUCUUUUUUUUUUGUUUUGGUUUUGUUUUAAAAGUUUCAUUUUAAGUACCAGUAUAUACACUCGGUAGUAUUUCCAUAGCCCCUCCCACAGCACUGUGCAUGCGUCCUUGCUUGCCUUUUUGGAAAAGAAAAGGAUCACACUAGUUUUUGCUUCAAGCAGAGUUGGAGUGCCUUCAUCCACGUAUGACCACUUCUAAUGUAUUUUUUUUUUUUAAAGUGGUUCCUCAAGGAAGACCGAAUAUCCCGGUAUAGGAAAGAAUAUGUAUUGCAGACAAUGUUAUGUUAUUACAAAAAAACAAAAAGAAACAAAAAAAAAAGAAAAAGCUAAGCACAAGGAUUAUGUUGGGGAAAGCUGUAAAUUGCAUGUGCAUAUUUGUCUAUUUUUUCUAUAAGUUUUAUUGCAAGAGGUAAAAAAUUUUAUUAUUUAGAUAAUCUCGAUACCAUUUUAGCCCUGUAUAGGUUGACUUAGCAAACUCAGCCUUUUGGAGGCAUUAACCUGCUCCUCUUUAAGUGUUGCAUUUACAUGGCUGUUUAGAAACUGCUGCCCAAAUUUAUUUUAUAUUUUUGUACAGAUUCUGCAGUUUAUUAUAUUGUUUUUUCUAAAAACAAAUGCUGUUUAUACACACUCAAAAAAAAAAAUAGCUAUUUUGAUAGGGUUUGCUCACAUAGUUCCUGCAUAAUUCAGAUGUACAAGAACCACUUGUACUUUUAUACAGAGUUGUAAUGUUUUAUAUGUGUAUGGUGCAAAGAGAACGUUGGAUCAAACAAGCCUGCAGUCGGUUUCCCUGAAUGCAAACAAAAAAAAGUGCUUUAAGAAAGGGCUGGGAGCUGCUUCCGUCGGAGUUUCACAAGUGUUCGCUCCCUGCUGUACCCGCUGCGCACUACUGUGAUUCCUCAACCUUAGAGCCAUGUCCUUUUCCGACGCGUCCGUGAAGCAGUCGGCAGGAGACAGUUGUGGAACUUCACCCCCAAGAGGGCCCGAGCGCCGCC